GUCCAUUUGCCUGAGUGUUUUUUUAACUCAGCUGAAGACUUGGAAUAACAGCAUGGAGUGUAAACAGCGGCUGAAAUGGUUAACGCUUGCAAUGAUAUGUCCUUUUAUUGUAGGUGCUCCAUCCUCCAUGUCCAAAAGAGAUGGUUCAUGUCCCAAAGGGAAUCUAAACAUUACUGGAGGGACCUUUGUUCUUUCUGACAGCUAUUCACAUAGCAGUCUUCUAAGAUACAGCUGUCCGAGUGGAUAUUACCCAUCAGUUCAGUCACGUCUUUGUGAAUAUGGACACUGGAUCUCAAAGACCAAAAUCAGAAAAACCCCAGAGUGCAAAAAGAUCACAUGUCCCAAUCCUCGUGUUUUUGAGAAUGGAGAGGUGAUUCCAUAUAAAGCCAAGUACUAUGUAAAUGAUACAACCACGUACUCAUGUCAUUCUGAUUAUACGUUCCGUGGCUCAGCGGUCCGUGUUUGCAAGCCGAAUGGGAAGUGGAGUGGAAGCACACCAAUUUGUGGACGUGACUCUGAUCACUGUCCUGAUCCUGGUGUUCCUCCUGGUAGCAGUCGAACAGGGAACAUGUUUAACAUAGACGACAAAGUCACGUAUCGCUGCGAGAGUCCAUUGACCUUGAUUGGUUCUAAAGUUUUAUACUGUACAAACGAGCAGCAGGGAAAGAAAAUAACUUUGGAUCAAGGUGGAAAACUUGAUAUUUACAUUGCUGUGGAUGCAUCUGACAGCAUAGAUGAGAAGGAUUUUCACAAUGCAAAAACCACCAUUAAAUUGCUUUUAGACAAGAUUAGUUAUUACCCGGUCUCCCCAAACUAUGAGAUCCUGAUGUUUGCUACAGAUGUUACAUCAAUAAUCAAAAUGAAUGAAUUCAAAAUGCGAAAACCAAGCCUAUUGGAUAUUUUUAAAGAAAUGGACGAUUUUACUUAUGAUAACAAAGGCCAGAAAACAGGUACCAAUAUUGCCAAAGCCUAUUCAACCAUUCUCGAAAGCAUGAAAAUAGAGGAGAACAACAAUGCAACGACCUUCAAUGAGACCCAACACAUCGUCAUAUUGUUCAGUGAUGGUCACGCAAACAUGGGGGGGAAUCCCAAACCUAAAGUGGACCAGAUCAAACAUCUUAUCACCAAAAAGGAUCCAAAGCGAAAUAAGAAACUUGAUCUUUAUGUAUUUGGAGUUGGAGAAGAUGUGAAUCAAGAAGACAUAAAUGGCUUAGUGUCACAGAGGGACCAAGAAAAAUAUUUCUUUAAGCUUCAAGACUUGACAAAGAUUCAGGAGAUGUUUGACGACAUGAUUGAUGAGAGCACCAGUGUAGGAUUGUGUGGGAUUGUGUGGGAAGGCUUGCAAAAUAAACGCCGUGCAUUUCCCUGGUUGGCACAGAUUAAUGUUGCUCAUCCUCCAAAAAGUUCCAAUUGCAUGGGGUCAUUAGUUUCCUCAAGUUACAUCUUGACAGCGGCUCACUGCUUCAAAGAGGGAGACACACCUGAUAAGAUAAUAGUUAAACUGGAAAAAGGCCUGGUUGUAAAAGUAAACAAAUAUGUAAUUCAUCCUAACUUUGACCUCACCGCCAAACAGGAAUUGGGAAUACAGGAAUAUUAUGAAUUUGAUGUAGCUCUUAUACAGCUGGAAAAACCUGUUGAUCUCAGUUCUAAUCUACGACCGAUCUGCAUCCCAUGCACCAAAGAAACCAAUGCAGCUCUGAAACUGUCAGAAACUGAAGGGACGUGCAGAAGACAUGAGGAAAUACUAAUGAGCAACGAGCUUGUGGAAGCUGCUUUCGCAUCUGAGAUGGAGACUGACAAUAGUCCAAAAACAAUAAAAAACAUCACAUUCAAGCUUGGAAAAUAUCGAGAUGCUUGUGUUGAAGAUGCAAAAAAAGCAAAAGAAAUCGAUGUGAAAAAUGCCAGGGAAGCAGUUACAGACAAUUUUCUGUGCAGUGGUGGUACUGAACCAACAACAGAUGAUGUUUCCUGCAAAGGAGAUUCAGGUGGGGCCUCUUAUGUGAAUAAAAAAGGUCGAGUGAUUCAGGUUGGUGUCAUAAGCUGGGGAGUGAAGGACAUCUGCAAGGAAAAAAGGAGAUUCACUUCGGAUGCAGACUCCAGAGAUUACCAUUCAAAUCUUUUCAGUGAGAAGAUACGCUUAUUCCUUAAAGAACACCUAGAAAAUGACCGUAUAGGAAACCCUCUUACAUUCUUGUGAAUGCUUUAGCAGACUGAAACUGUGUGAGUGCAAGCUGAGAAAACACUGUUUUGUUGUCUGAUCAGUAUAUUCAAUUUUAAGUCAAAUAACUGGUCUUUGUUUAAAAAAAAUAACAAUUAUCAACAGUCUUUCAUGUUUUACUCAUUUAACGUUAUAUCUUUGUGGUCUGUACUGAAUAUCCAACCACUGGCAGGCAGGGGAGUUUCAUUAUUGUUGCGAUUUCACAACUUAUUUUCAUCUGUCUUGAAAAUGAUAAUAGCAAGUAAUAAAAGCUUAACAGUAUGUCAUUAAACCUGCUGCUUUGGGGCUGAAGUGUAAUGGAGAGAAUAUGAAAAAUGUCAUGAAAAAUGACAGCUAUGGCAUUGAUCAGACAAGAACCAUUGUCAUGUUAACGUAUUCCAAAACACACAGUACAUAAGCCAUUCUGUGCAAUUUUUGUACUGAGCAAACAUGUGAGGGUGUUGAAAACAUCUCUGAUUAUCCUUAAACAGUGCGUGAAACUGCACACACAGAUAGUCUUGAUUAAAACUGGAUUUUCUUUCUUUGCCUACAGUUCCUGUAAAGUAAGUUUCUAACAUACUACCUGUAAACCGAUUGUUAUGGUGAAAUAUAGAGGAUAAGGAAGAAACCAUGACUCAGCUUGGGAAACCCAUUCUUCACAUAUUCAAAAUUAUUUACAGUAAAUUAUUAACUUUAAGUUACCUACAUUAGAUUCAAUGGGACACAUUUUUGAAUUUUACAGUCUCGUCUCAUGGACACCAGAUUAGCUUGAAAAUCAAUAGACGGGUAUAUGAUUCUGUGGAAGUUGUGUAUCUAAUUGAAAAUAAUAAACAUAUCAAAAUCAUGCACAAUAAAAUUUG